AUGGGCAACCUUCAGGAACUCCCGAUAGAGCUCGUGCAGCACAUACUGUCUUUAAUUCCCAACAACUGUUGCAUACAGGAGGAUGAGAUGGAUUAUGAUCCUGGGACUGAGCAUCUAUACAAUGUCUGCCUAGUCUCGCGGAAACUCCGUGAAAUUACUCAACCUGUUCUUUUCCGCAACUUUAUCGAUGAUCAUGCUCUUUGCGGUCGCAUCCACACCAUCCGUAUCACUAAGGCAAUUUAUGAACAUCCUGAGCUUGGAGAGCAUGUGCGCAACAUCACCAUCGUACCUCAACCAGUCAAUCCGAAUUAUCCAGUUAGGCCCAUCUCCAAGGAUCACCUCGAGUUCUACAAAGGCAUCAUCAAGGACCUCAAAUUGCGCGAUAUGGAGAAACCCUGGCUUCGGGCCGUGGAGAGGCAGGAGAUCGGCGUCUUCGCAGCUUUGUUGGUCAGCAAAACGCCCAAUCUUCGUCACCUGCGCAUGUCAGCGUGCCAACACUACGUCAAACCGUUCCCAUAUUUCUUCGGUCGAGAUCCGUCAUUUAUGUCCAACGUCACGUCUAUAUACCUUCAACCCGACCACGAGCAGGUCGGCUUCAAUAUGGCACAUUACCAUCAGAUUCUAUCCCUUCCCAAGCUCAAAUCAAUGGUCAUUAAUCACGGUGUUUCGCUCGAUAUGUCAUUCCCAUCUAGCUGGACGCGUGGAUCGUUGGUGGCCCAAGAAAUUCACUUCAUCGAAUGCCAUUUGGAUAUCGGAGCCCUCAGACAAUUUAUGCGGGCGUGCAAAGGCCCGAAAAUAUUCACGUACAUCAAGUACGACGUGCCUCCAUUUGAACGACCGUUCCUGAACCUAUACCAAUCCGCACCUGAAUUCACCGCCGCGCAAGUCACCCAAGAGGCUCUUCGGCACAAGGAUACCAUCGAGGUUUUCCGCGUCGAGUUCCCCACUGAUAGAGAUCCGUACGAGGACGUCGAGGAGUACAAUUCUACCCUCGUUAAGUAUGGGUCGUUCGCCGGCUUUUCCGUGCUCAAGGUACUUUCCGUCUCUCAUGCCUAUCUUCCAGCACAUCCUCGAUUGCCGGCAUCGCUAGAAACGCUGUACAUCUCCAACUGUAAUUGUUCCAUUUGGGAAAUGGCACAGAACAUCGCGGCAGACUGCAAAAAGGACAUGUAUCCGAAGUUGCGCGACGUGUAUGUCUCGGCACUCGAUAUCACAGCGCCGAUUAAACUUCCCGGGCAAAUAAUCCCGGAAGGCAAAACCCCAGUGCAAUGUCUCAUGGAUAUCCAGGAUCUAUUCAAAGAAACAACAGUCAGGUUCAAUAUCAUGCCAUACAGAUUGCCACCACGGGGACCCUGGUUUGAUGACGAAGAAGACGAAGACUACGACGACUUCGACGAUUAUGGUGAUAGUGGUGACUUUGAUUAUGAAGAUGAUUUGCCGCCGGGGCUACCGAUUGAUGUCGCGAUGGGCAUAGUACCGCCUGCUAUGACGGCAGGCCUUCUGGAUACUCUUACGAUGGACCCUUCGUAUCUUUACGGGACCCCGUACGAUGAUGACCUUGGGAUUGAUUAG